AUGAACAUUGUUGAAAAUAAUGACUAUAGUCCGAAAUCUUUGCCAUCAUCCCAUUUGCCACUGUCCUCUCCAUAUUCUGCUUCUUCUUCUGUUGAUUUGUCUUUACUUUCUUCGAAUGAUAUUAUAAUUUUAUCGAAAGAUCAACAUGGCUGCCGUAUGUUACAAAAGAAAAUAGAUGAUGAUUGCUCAACAAACUUGCCAAUCAUCUUCAAUGCAACUUAUAAGCUCUCUUCUGCUUUGAUGUUAGAUCCCUUUGGUAACUACUUGAUUCAAAAGUUAAUGAUCUCGGCUACACCUUCUCAGUUGUCUUUAAUAAUCAUAGAGAUUACCCCUAACAUCGGAAAAAUUGCUACAAAUUUACACGGAACUAGAGCUUUACAAAAAUUAAUUGGCUGUCUUUCAACUCCAAACCAUCAUGACUUGAUUGCAAUUGCUAUCUCACCUCAAGUGGUAAAUUUGGUCCACGACUUGAAUGGUAAUCAUGUCAUUCAAAAAUUGAUUUCUCAUUUUUUUGGCGAUGAUUUAGAUUUUCUGGUUGACCUCAUCAUAAUCCACCUCAUUGAAAUCGCAUCUCACAAGCACGGUUGUUGUGUCCUACAAAAAUUGUUAAAUAAGUGUUCCCCUUAUCAAAUCCAGAAAAUUAGUAACGAGAUUUUGAGGAAUAGUGUGCACCUAAUGAAAGACCAAUUUGGUAAUUAUGUGAUUCAGUAUUUGAUAUCCUUAGAUAUAAACGGUAUCAACCUCCAACUCCUCCGAUUAGUGGCUAACGAGUUGGUUCCUUUGAGUUGUGGGAAGUUCUCCUCCAAUGUUGUUGAAAAAUGUUUGAAGCUAAAUCCAAAUGGCUGCACCGUGAAUGAUAACAUUCAUCCUUUGCUAGCUGCUUUGAUUAAUAUCCAAACGUUGAUGUCUUUAAUUAAGGAUCAAUAUGGCAACUACGUUGUUCAAACGGCUUUGGAGGUUGCUGAUUGGCCUGUGAAAUGUGUCAUGGCUGAGAUGGUUAGACCCAUGCUACCGAACAUCAGAUACACAAACUACGGUAAAAGGAUUCACAGUAAAGUUGUUUCAAUUUUGGCAGAACUAGACAACAAUAACAACAACAACGACAAUACAGGUGGUUCUCACUCUCCAACGUAUGGCUCACAUUCACAAUCUACCCCGAAGACUGCUGGAGGGACUCACAGAUCUAACAUAAAUACCAAUAACAACUUGUUGCCAGGUAUCAAUUUUUCUGCUCAUGUUUGA